AUGGCUUUUCCUAAGAAAGUCAUCCUUUCAUGGCUGCUCCCCGGGAGUGGCUACCCAGUGGAGCUUCGACCAACUACCACCGGUCAAUUCCGCUUUGGGGCCACCCCUGACUCUACCAUCAUUAUAGGGGUAUGGGGUUCGAGACAAAGAAAGAUCAAGGCAGCAUAUCAGUUUUUCCUAUAUACUUUACUUGGAUCCGUUUUUAUGCUAUUAGCUAUUCUGUUGAUUCUUCUCCAAACAGGAACCACCGAUUUACAAAUUUUAUUAACCACUGAAUUUAGUGAGCGGCGCCAAAUCCUUCUAUGGAUUGCUUUUUUCGCCUCUUUUGCCGUCAAAGUGCCUAUGGUACCAGUUCAUAUUUGGUUACCCGAAGCACCUGUAGAGGCACCUACGGCUGGAUCCGUCAUCUUGGCUGGAAUUCUUUUAAAAUUGGGAACCUACGGGUUUUUAAGAUUUUCCAUACCCAUGUUUCCCGAGGCGACACUUUGUUUCACUCCUUUCAUUUAUACUCUAAGCGCGAUUGCUAUAAUAUAUACUUCCUUGACCACUUUAAGACAGAUCGAUCUUAAGAAGAUCAUUGCCUACUCCUCAGUAGCCCAUAUGAAUUUGGUGACUAUUGGUAUGUUUAGUCGGGCGGCGGCCGUUAGGUCACCUAUUUUGAGUUAUGGACACACAAGCAAGGCCAAAACAUGUGUGCCGGGCGUGCGACCCAUCAACCUACUAGCAAUAGGGGAGAAAACUUAGCAUGUCGCAACAAAAGCGUCGAUUCGAGG